UCCAUGGCUUCCUUUUUCCUUAGGAGAGGACCAGCCUCCAAAAGGGAUGAAGGAGGAAGAAGACGGAGACGGAGACGGGGAGGGAUGCUUGGAGCUGCGCCCGAAGACAGGUAAAGGCAGAGGGAACGGCCUCCUUCGUCAGAGUCCAUCAGUUGGCGACGGAGCGCAAAGGACAGGCUGCAAAGUGGGUGCCGGACCCCGAGGGCCCCCUUCCUUUGGCAUCUGCAGGAUUCCCGCGGCGGAAGAGGUGCCGCAUUGGUGCUUGGAGUGCGGCAGGAACUUUGGCCAGAGAGCGGAGAUGGAGAAGCACGCCUCGCAUCAUCACGCCGGUCGGCAUUCGUACAUCUGCGGCGACUGCGGACGGAGCUUCGUGGACCGCGCCUCGCACACCGGACGGGCCCCGGGCCCCUCGCCGUUGCAUCACUCCGGGUGUCGCCGGAGAGUUCUUCCCAGCGAGGGUGCCGUGCCGCGCAAGGAGCGCAAGGAGCUCUCCCUGCAGGAGAAGGUCCGUGUGCUGGAGAUGCUGGAAGGCCCCAAAGUCUCCCAGAGCGAGCUGGCGAAACGCUUUGGGGUCUCCCAGCCUCAGAUCUGCCGCAUCAUCAAGAACAAGGAGCGCAUCCUGGCCGAGUGGGGCAAGAACGGUGACCCCGGGCGCAAACGGAAGAUGGAGGAGAGGCUCCCGCAAUGCAGCGACGGUGCAACACAGUGGUUCGGUGUGUCGAUCAAUGGACUGCGUCUCCAAGAGAAAGCCCGGCGUUUGUCGGACGCCGUCGGGAGGCUGCCGUUGAGUUGGGCGAACGGCUCGAAAGCCAAGCCGAAAGCCCACCGGAAACAGGACACCGAGGCGACAGAGGAGCAGCAUUGGGAAAACGCCGAGAAACAGAACAGUGAGCCAGCGGAGGACCGUAGUUGGAAAAACACCGUCCUCCCCGACAUCCUACGGAAAUACGAUCCGUCCGAAAUAUACGCCUGUGCCGAAGUCACCCUCUUUCUUCGGGCAACGCCAAGGAAGGAAGAUGCUAAGGACCGGCUCACCGUCCUGCUUUGUGCCAACAUGGACUCUUCCGAUAAGCGGGACCCUCUGAUCGUCGGCAAGGGAUGCCCCGCUUUCGGGGUCCCGCAGGAGCUGCCCCCCGCCACGUACAGAGCCGAAGGUCAAGCCCGGAUGACCGCCGCCCUCUUUGCUGAAUGGCUCUGGGCCUUCAACGAAGAGGCCAAAGCCGGGCAGAGGCACCUGGCACUUCUUGUCACGCCUUGCGCUGCACACCCUGUGGUCGACCUCUCCAACGUGAAGAUGGUCUUUGUGCCGCGCCAUGAGAAUCACCCGCUUGAACUCGGGACGAGCCGGGCCUUUCGGUGCCACUACCGGAGGCGGAUGCUCACCCGCCUGGUCGUGGCGCUGGGUGGCCGGACCUCUGGGUCAAAAGGUCAUAUGGCCCUUUCAGACGCCAUACACCUGUCCAUACAAGCGUGGUCAGAGGUGGGUCCGGAGACCAUCAGGGGUGGCUUCCUGGCAGCCGGUUUUGUCCCGAAUCCCGACAUCUUCCCGACUCCGUCUACGGAAGUGGUCCAAGCGCUGGGAUUCAAGAGCCAAGAACAAUUCAAACAAUUUAUCUCGGUGGACGAAGGGUUGGGGUGCUUUGGGGACGAAGGAGGGAUGGAGGGUCAAGGGCUCAGAGCCGAAGAGGAGGAAGAAGAGGAGGAAGAAAAGAUGGACGAAUCCGCCUUGCUGCCCUGCCCCUCGCAGGCGGAGGUCGUGGAGAGCUUGGCCAAGCUCCGGCGCUGCUUCGAGUGCCAUUCGGCAUCGCCGGAGAUGUUCCAGGCUUUCUACAAACUUGAAGACGCGGUGCAUGGGAUGUUCCUGUCCCAGAUGCACACGCACAGCGCCGAAGCCCCCAACCAGGACUGACUCACGUCUGCAACACGAUGCAGAAGAAGUCUUUGUGCAAAGUCCCAGGGUGCAUCUACACUGGAAGGUUA